AAUAGUAUCAUCAUUCUCAUUACAACACAACACAACACACAGAAGAGAGAGAGACCAAAAAAAAAAAGGAGCGGUUACAAAUUCUCUCGUCUGUCACAAGAAAAAUGGAUAUCUGCAUGGACAAGGAGCCAGAUGGUGUGGUGGUCUAUGCGAACGGUGAUUUGUGUAAUCCAAAUCAAGAAAAUGUUUCUGAGCCUCUCUUAGAUUCAGUAUCACGCGAUGAUGCUAAUGUACAUACAGAGCUUCGAUAUGGAGAAGAGAACAUCGAAGUAAACGAAUAUGAUGUUAAGGAGUGUACUAGUGAGAUCCCCGUUGGUAAGCCGAUAGGAGAUGAUUUUGAGUCCAAGGAUGUCACUAAGUCAAGUUUACCUGCAAAGCAUGCUUCAAAAUCAGGUCGGGGGAGUAACAAAACAAGGAACAGUACCGUUCCACAACCGUUUUCUUUAGCGACAGAGAAGCGUGCUUCAUCUACACGUUCGUUUACUAGUGAAUCUCUCGAAUCAGCUGGGUUGAAAAAGUUUCCGGAUGGACAUAGUAAAGUACAACAUCAUGCCACAAAGAUACCUAGGAAACCUUUGCAGCCAAAAAACAAGAAGCUUUCUGAUGAGGAAGAUUCUUGCUCUGUUGCUUCUUAUGCCACAUCCGGUGCAAAGUCUGCUAAAUCAAGAACUAUUGUCACCGCGGCUCCUUCUUUUCGCUCCACUGAGCGUGCCGAGAAGAGGAAGGAGUUCUAUACAAAACUAGAGGAGAAACACCAAGCCAUGGAGGCCGAGAAAACGCAGAGUGAAGCAAGGAACAAGGAAGAAACCGAAGCAGCCUUAAGGAAAUUACGAAAAAGUUUGAGGUUCAAAGCAAACCCAAUGCCAAAAUUUUAUCAUGAAGGGCCUCCCCCAAAGGUUGAACUUAAGAAGGCUCCUCCAACUCGAGCAAAGUCGCCAAAACUAGGGCGGAGGAACACAAAAGAAGGAAACAGAGCAAAAGGAGCUUCAAGGCGGCAUGAAACUCGAAAGACUCUAGUGAUCUCUAAAGAAGACCAUGAUGAUGAAACCACACAAAAUGCUGACCAGAUAAACCAUAUAAAAGUGAACCAAAAUUUGGCACCGGUGACCGCUUUUGCCUGCUAAAGACUCUUUUUGGUCACAACAAACUGAGAGUUAUGUUUCCGUUGUAAGAAUGUGUGGGAUGUUUGUGUUUUUAACUUAUGAUUUGAAGUGUAAAUGUGUGUAAUUUAAUGUUGUUUAUGUCGUGUUUAUGAAUGUGU